GGACCAGUAAGAUGUUCCUGGUCAGUCCUGUUCCUCUCACUGUUCAGUGAUCACUAAUCUGCGCUCUCUCUACCCCCCAUCCUUCUCUUUCUCUCCUCCUCCUCUCCAACAAGGUUUUCUUCCACUACAACCCAGACGAUGUGAUUAACAACAGUUUCGGGGACAGGACUUUGGUAUCGGUGGGGAUAAAUGUUCCUUGGUGUCUGUGUCCCUCCAUCUCCCUCAGCAGCAGCAGGCGAUCAACCAACUGUCCACCUGUUCUGCUGUUCCAGACAGCAUCCAGGUGAGCCUCAGACGGAAAGAUGGGAAAAGCACUCAAUGAUCUGAUGCAGUACUGGAGGCUUUACCUGUUGACAUUGGUAUUGGGAAUUGGGGGAUCAUUUCAAUAUGGGAUGCAAGUUUCCAUCAUGUCUUCUCCAGCAGAGCACAUACAGAGCUUUGUGAACCAGACCUGGCUGGGGAGGUAUGAGGUUCCAGUAGACGAUUCCACCAACAUGCUCAUCUGGUCUUUCAUCGUAUCUGUGUUUAGUCUAGGAGGAUGGGUCGGGGCUAUCCACAGUGGCAGUCUCCCUGUCACCUACGGCCGGAAGAAAGCCCUGCUGUUCAACAACAUAGUGGCCCUUGUAGCUGCUCUACUGAUGGUAUUCAGUCUCAUGGCCAAGUCCUUUGAGAUGAUCCUGCUGGGCAGAUUUCUCUAUGGAUAUAAUGUUGGCAUGGGGCUGAGUGUGCACCUGAUGUACCUGGGCGAGAGUUCACCUAAGAAGCUGAGAGGAUUCCUGACCCUCACUAGCUCCAUCUUUAUUGGCUUAGGGAAGGUCAUGGGUCAGAUUGUUGGCAUCAAGGAGGUGAUGGGUACAGAUGACAUGUGGCCCUGGCUGAUGGCCCUUGGUGGCCUCCCUGCCAUCAUCCAGUUUGUGACCCUGCUCUUUUUCCCAGAAGCACCUCGCUACCUGUACAUCGACAAAGGCGACACAGAGGGCUCAAAAAAAGCCCUGCAGUGGCUGUGGCAGGAGGAUGACCUGAAGAUGGAGAUGGAUGACAUGGAGAAGGAGAGGGAGAGCAUGCAGGGCCAGAAGUCUAAGACAGUGUGGGAAGUGCUGACUUCUCGCUGUGUCAGGUGGCAAGUGCUGGCUCUGGUCAUCCCCUGUGCCUGUGUUCAGUUUAGUGGUAUUAACGCAAUUUAUUUUUACGCUUUUGACAUCUUCCGUGAAUCUGGAGUAGCAGAGGACAAUAUGCACUACCUGUCCAUUGGCAUCGGAGCAACAGAACUCAUCUCCAUCAGUCUCUGUUCUCUGUUGAUAGACCGUGCGGGCAGGAAGAUGCUGAUGGGCUAUGGCUACCUGUUGAUGGGAGUCAUCAUGUCCAUCCUUGUUGUUAUGCUGUCCAUCAAGGACCUGUUUUCAUGGUUCCCUUAUGUUAACAUCGCCCUCAUCUUCUCUGUCAUCUGUGUUUAUGGACUAGGACCUUCCGGGGUGUCCAUGGCCCUCCCUGCAGAUCUCUUCCUGCAAGCCUGGAGACCGUCCGCUUACGUCAUCAGCGGCUCCGUCAACUGGCUAGGCCUGUUCCUCAUCGGGAUGUUCUUUCCCUACAUAGUGGAUGCUCUACGCCAGUUCUGCUUCCUGGUCUUUGUGGCAUACUGCAUGUUCAGCUCAGCAUUCAUGCUCUACUUCAUCCCAGAGACCAAAGGCAAGAGCAUGGUGGAGAUCAUGGAGGACUUUAACAAACUCAACUACAAGAAUAGUGGGACAGACACCGAAAAGGCUGACUUUGUUUUGGAAACAACAUUUUGAGAACAUUUGUAUAUACAGUAUACACUACCGUUCAAAAGUUUGGGGUCACUUAGAAAUGUCCUUGUUUUUGAAAAAAAAAAAUGUGUCCAUUAAAAUAACAUCAAAUUGAUCAGAAAUACAAUGAUAAUGUUGUAAAUGACUAUUGUAGCUGGAAAUGGCAGAUUCUUAAUGGAAUAUCUACAUAGGAGUACAGAGGCCCAUUAUCAGCAACCAUCACUCCUGUGUUCCAUUAGCACGUUGUGUUCGCGUUGUGUUUGCUAAUCCAAGUUUAUCAUUUUAAAAGGCUAAUCGAUCAUUCGAAAACCCUUUUGCAAGUAUGUUAGCACAGCUUAAAACAAUGGACCAGUUUCCUGGAAACAGAUGAAGCCUAGUCCUGGACUAAAAAAAAUACAUGCUAUGCUUAAUCUGUGUCUGGAAAUGCAAGUGAAAAAUAUGUUUAGGUAAGGACUACUUGAUAUAACAUGUCGAUUCAAUAUGGUAUAUUAUCAUUGAUUAUACAAGACACUAGAUUAGGGCCCUCUAUUUCAUUUGACUGUAAACCUAUUAGAUCAAUACCAUUUCUGAUGUCAGUGUGGUAUUUAUUAACUUAUUGAAACCUGCAAUGACAUCAACCCCAAUGACAUGACACUGAAAACAAAACAAUGUUCCUGGGAAAGAAUGACAUAUCUGUCUGUCCUUUCCAACAUCUGAAUGUCACCACCAGUAUAUAGCAAGAUGUCUGUGCAGUUUGACUGUGGGAGUAAAAAUAAAGAGACAUGGCUAAAUAAGUGAA